GUGGCGCUCGGUGGACUAUACCCCGCUGGCCCUCUCCUUCCCUCUCAGCCGCCGCUCGCCCUCCCUCCCAGCGCCGCCCUGCCCUCGGCCCGGGUGAAGGCAGCGGAGGAGGGCAGGGGGUGAUGCCCGCCCCUCCGCCGCCCCUGUGUUUGCUGCUGCUCGUGUCCUCCUGCCUCGCACUCAACUCCGGGGAGGGCGCCCCCGCCCCUGCCCCGCCCCACCCCAAGGAGCCCCGGGAAUUCCCCGGGGCGGAGGAGGGUGAGGAGUGGGCGGGGGCGGCGGUGGGCGUGGUGGUGUUGAAGGCUGCCGUCAUGGCCUCCAUCAUCGUGGUGUCGGUGCUCGGCAACGUGCUGGUCAUCGUGAGCGUGGCGCUGCACCGCCGCCUCCACUCGCCGGCCAACUACCUUUUGGUGUCCCUCGCCACUGCCGACAUGCUGGUGGCCCUCUGCGCCAUGACCUUCAACGCCUCCGUCGAGCUGACGGGCGGCCGCUGGCUGUUCGGCCGCCUCAUGUGUGACCUCUGGAACAGCUUCGACGUGUACUUCUCGACGGUGUCCAUCCUGCACCUGUGCUGCAUCAGCGUGGACCGCUACUACGCCAUCGUGCGGCCGCUCGAGUACCCGCUGACCAUCACCCGCCGCGUGCUGGGCCUCAUGCUCACCCACUGCUGGCUGGCGCCCGUCCUCAUCUCCUUCCUGCCCAUCUUGCUUGGCUGGUACACCACCGCCGACCACCUGCAGAGCCGCGACGCCCACCCGCACGUCUGCGCCUUCGUUGUCAACGCCGUGUUCGCGCUGGUGUCCUCGGCGGUGUCCUUCUGGGUGCCGUGCACGGUCAUGGUGGUCAUGUACUUCCGCAUCUUCCAGGAGGCAAGGAAGCAGGAGCGUGCCCUGCUCAGCCGCGCCUGCUCCGCUAACUCUGCAGCCUACUCCGCCUCCCUCAGACUGAACGCGGCACUGCAUGAGCAGCAGCAGCAACAGCAACUACAGCUUCAACAACAGCAGCAGCAGCAGCAGGAUUUCACGACGGAGGUUGUGACACGGCAGCAGCUGCUGGUGGCACUGCAGGGGACGCCCUUCACGCCCGUCACCUGCCAUCAAGAGAUUGUCAUGAACUCCCUCACGCCGGAGUCCGCCUCUCUUGGUGCCGCCAACUCCUCGGGUGUCCACGGCGGCGGCGGCAGCGGCGGCGGCCUGAGCAAGGGAAACGGCGCGGGUUCCGCCAGUCCUGGAGGCACAGACGGGGGCGGUGGCGGGGGCAGGAGCGGCGGCGGAUGGCGCAUCAACCGGCACGGCAGUGCGGCCUCGUGGCACGGCUCGGUGCGGCGCCACCCGCCGUGCGAGCGGCGACUGCACAGCACGCCGCUGGUGGGCACGCGCAGCAGCCCUCUGGCGGCAGGGCGGCGGGAGCACAAGGCGGCGCGCACGCUGGGUCUCAUCAUGGGCGCCUUCGUGCUGUGCUGGCUGCCCUUCUUCACCUGGUACGUCAGCAUCAACGUGUGUGGCCCCUCCUGCCGCUGCCCGCACGCCGUCGUCACGGCCCUCUUCUGGAUCGGCUACUUCAACUCCACCCUCAACCCCUUCAUAUACGCUUACUUCCGUGCUGACUUCCGCGAGGCCUUCCACCGCACACUGAAGCGCCUCAGCUGCUGUCGGGCGCGGCAGCCCGCGGGGGUGUUCGUCUGACGCACCCCCGCACGCUCCGCACUCCCCCUGGGCCGCGGCGCCCCGCACGCCGAGGCCUCAUCAGCCGCGCCGCACACACACUACCCUCGCGGCGCCCUGUGACCGCCGCCGCCGCUCCCUCCCGAGCCGCCUGAGCCUCGCAGGACCUCUGGCGGCACGCGCCGCCCCUCGCCCCGCAGCAAGAACCCCCGCGCCGGUGGCUGUCGCUGACACACACACACACACACACACACACACACACACAGUGGUGCACGCCCCUGCCCUGUUAUCGUGUGGUGCUCCAGCGCGUGUCUCCCGCCUCCUAAGGCCACUGCAAGAAAGAUGUGGAGUGACUCCCUUUGGUGCCGGCAAACCCGCGCCACCAAGCCGCCCGGACAAAGGCUGGGUGGCCGGGGCGGGGCGGGGCGGGGCCACGCGGACAGCCUGGCGGAGGCGCUGCCAGUAAUUGCUCUCCAGUCACCCGCUGCAGCCUACUUGAUAUUAUCUUUAUUUUAUAUUAUCACGAUCAUUAUUAUUAAUAUUACUAUAUUUAUUGUUAUUAUUUUCACAUUUUCAUAUUACUUUUUUUUUUCUUUUUUUUUAUGUAGUGUCAAGUUUAUGAGCAGCAAAAACUAUAGCAGCAGGAGUAGCGGCAGCAGCAGCGGUGACGGUUGCUCUCAGUAAAUCAUUCCAAACACAAGCGAUCCUACAGACAGAAACAUAACAUUCUGAUUAAAAUUCCAGCUUUGGCUCUUCCCCUCACCCCUUACCCCUGCCACCCUCACCCUGUCACCUUCACCCUCACCCCUCACCCCUGUCACCUUCACCCUCACCCCUCACCCCUCGCCCCUCACCCCUCGCCCCUCACCCUCAUCCCAUCGAAGCAUAACCUAACACAAACACUAAAACGAAAAUAGCAAGAAAAAGAGAGAUCGUAUAACUAUAUUUUUUCUCUAUCAGAUAAUUUAGUAUAUAGACACACACUCCAUGCAUAUUUAUGUACAUAUAUUACACCACGGCGGACCUCCUACACACACACACACACACACACACACACACACACACACACACACACACACACACACACACACACACGGCGUUCCUAAGUUGGGUGUUCCUCUUUGUAUGCGUACAUGUGUGUGUUUUCAAGUCAAAUGGCCGUUUUUUUAUUAUUUUUCUUUUCGUCGUGUACCUUUCCAUUCACGGACCAUUUCUUAUGAUGUUAUUUGUGGAACGGAGAAAUUUGUAUGCCCUUUUCUUAUACCGACCUCCCUUUCCCUCCCCUCCCUCCCUUUUCCUCCCUCUCCCCCUCUCCCUUCCUCUCCCCUCACUCCACCGUCACCCUCACUCCCUCCUCCAACUCCUCCUCUCCCUUUCCUUCCUUCUCCUCCAAAUUACAAACCUCUCCAUUUUCCUUCCUCCUUCCUUAUUUCCUUCACAUCCAUUACAUUAUUUUCCUUUUUUUUUCCUUCACAUCCAUUUUCUUCCAACCCUUUCCUUUCUUUCCUUUCUUUUUUCCUUUCAUCCCCUUCCUUUCCUUUCCUUUCUACCCUUCCAUUCCAUUAGUACAUUCCAUAUGUUUUCUUUCUUUCCUUUCCAUUCUUUCCUUCCCUUCAGUCUCCUCCAUCCCUUUCCUUUCGUUCCUUUCACCCCUUCUCAUCCCUUCCUUUCCUUUCCUUUCAUUUCUUUCCUUCAGUCCCUUCCAUCCCCUUCCUUCUAUCCAUUUAUCCCUUCCCUCCCCUUCCUUUCCUAUCUUUCCUUUCUUUUCAUUCCAUUACUUCAAUCCUUUCCCUUCCCUUCCCUCUCCUCCCUUUCCUUUCUUUCUUUCUUCCUUUUUUUCCCUUCCCAUCAGUCCCCUCCAUCCCUUGCCUUUCUUUCUUUUUCAUUCUCUUAAUCUCUUCCAUCCAUUCCAUCCAUUCCAUUCCAUACUCAUCCUUAUCCUUCCCAUCUCUUCCAUCCCCAGUCAUUAUCAUCAUUUCUUCAUCUCCCUUACCCCUUACAUCCCCCUCAACAUCCCAUCCCCACCCCCUAACCCCCACCCCCACCACCUCCUCCCCGCUGAAUGUGUACCUGUAGUCUAAACGUUUGUAGCGAAUAAACGUUAAUGGAGA